AUGGUGGAAGUGAAAGUGAUACUGACAGCAGCAAUGGAAAUUGGGAUGAAAGAUUCAGAAUAUGACCAUGAUGAUUCUGAGAAUGAGUAUGAAGAACAUGGUUCAACUGGUAAUGGUGAUGAACAAGGGUCAGAUGGUAAUGGUGGUGAGCAAGGGUCAGGGGGUGCGAAACAGAAAGCUUCUACAUUAGCAGGUAGAAAAAGAAAGGUGCAGUCGAAACCCCUAAAGAAUUACAAAUAUGACGAGGGAAACUACGAUUACAAUAGUGGGUCAGAGGUUGAACCAGAUUCCGAGGAAGACUUGGACAGUCUAAAUGGAUCAGAUGAUGAAGAUAUAGAGAAGCCUUUGGUAUUUCAUCCAAAGGACAUGGAGAAGCCACCCCUUCAAUGUGGUUUGGCUUUUAGUUAUCGGGCUGAAUGUAAAGAAGCAAUCAGACGAUGGAAUAUAAGAAGAGCUAGGAGAUGGAGGUUCAAGAAAAAUGACAAACGGAGAAUUAAGGCUGUGUGCAGGAUAGGGAAAGAUAUUUGUGACUGA